CCAUCUCAUAUUCCCAACAAUAAUUCUUUCAACUACAAUAUAUCAUCCUAUAACCAUGGGCAUGGGAGGAAGAGGGGAGGUGAAGAAGUGGCCAUCAUGGCUCCAUCCUCUCCUCAACACACCUUUCUUUCACCCUUGUAAACUUCACCAAGAUGCAAGCAAGAAUGAAUGCAAUAUGUAUUGCUUGGACUGCAGGAACGGCGCGAUGUGCUCUUCGUGCAUCGUCCACCACCGCGAGCAUCGCGCAAUCCAGAUAAGGCGGUCGUCGUACCACGACGUGAUUCGCGUGUCCGAGAUAAGCAAAUUCUUAGACCUAUCGGGCGUGCAAACGUACAUAAUAAACGGCGCGAGGGUCGUGUUCUUGAACGAAAGGCCGCAGCCGAAGCUCGGGAAGGGUGUGACCAACACUUGUGAUCACUGCAAGAGGAGCCUCCUUGAUGCAUUCACCUACUGUUCUCUGGGUUGCAAGGCAGAAUACCGACCUACUUGACAUCUCUUCCUCGAAACAAAGUUGUUCCUUACCAUUGGAAGUUCAAGCGCAUCCUUUUCUAUGGUUUGGAACAACAAGCAUGAGAUAGUCCCAGCAAAAAGAAAAAAAGCAUACGUGGACCAACUAAUUUGGGGCUUAAUAGGGUGUAGUAGGUGGUCCCUGAAGCACUUUUGAGACAACUGAAUGUCCAAUGAAUAGAGGCUUCAGAUUCUUUUUUUUGUUGUUAAAUAUUAUAUGAAAUGAGUUUGUAAUGACCACAUUGCAUCAUUAAAUGGAAUGAAUUUUGUGAAUUUAUUAGUGAUAUAUA